AUGGAAAAUGAAAACCUAGGUCACGGUCGUGGAAAGGUAAUUGAUGAGUUGUUAAGAGGUCGAGAACUUGCAAAUCAACUUAGAAACAUUCUCAAUGAAAGUGGUGGUGAUAUUGAUGAUAAUAAUGGAUCAACAACACCAUUUGCUGAACAUCUUUUGAAGGAAGUGCUUGUGACCUUUACCAAUUCUCUCUUGUUCUUGAACAAUACUCAAACUUCUGAGGCCUCUGAUAUGCAACUCACCAAAUCUGAAGAUUCUUUGGAGAGUGAUUGGAAGAGUACUUCCAUUGUUAAGGAAAGAAGAGGCUGUUACAAAAGAAGAAAAGUUUCACAAACAUGGGAGAAGGAGUCUGAAUAUCUAGUGGAAGAUGGUCAUCAAUGGAGAAAGUAUGGCCAAAAAACUAUCCUCAACACCAAAUUCCCAAGAAACUAUUACAGGUGCACUCACAAAGUUGAACAAGGUUGUAAAGCAACAAAACAAGUGCAAAAAGUUCAAGAGGAUCCACCUCUUUACAAAACAACCUACAUUGGUCAUCACACUUGUAGAAUCUUACAAAGCCCUGACACUACAAAAAUAUAUGUCCCCAGCGACAUAUAUUAG